UAAACCAAGGCACAAGUGUAAGCCCCGUUCACACUUAGUAACCUUUCAUCUGUCAUUUUGAAAGUUGCACUGCAACAUUAAAAUUUUAGUAGGUUAUCGCUUACCAUAAUGAGAGAAGUUGUUUCGGUUCAUAUAGGCCAAGCAGGAGUGCAGAUUGGCAAUGCUUGUUGGGAGUUAUACUGCCUCGAACACGGAAUUCACCCAAACGGCCAAAUGCCUCCCGGUCAGCGCAUACGGGGCAGGGACAAUAGCUUCGGUACCUUCUUCCUCGAAACCGGCGCGGGCAAAUACGUUCCCCGGACCGUAUACUUUGACCUGGAGCCUACCGUCAUCGACGAAGUACGAGUGGGAACCUAUCAAAACCUCUUCCACCCAAAGCAGCUAAUUACCGGAAAAGAGGACGCGUCCAAUAACUACGCUCGCGGUCAUUACACGCUUGGGAACGAAAUAAUCGACCUUCUGCUCGACAGGUUACGAUUAUUAUCGGAGCAAUGCGACGGUCUUCAAGGUUUCAUAGUCUUCCAUUCAUUUGGCGGAGGUACCGGAUCGGGAUUCACCUCGCUCCUAAUGGAACGCCUCACGAUGGAAUACGGUAAAAAAUCUAAAUUGGAACUGGCCAUUUAUCCCGCCCCGCGGAUAUCGACGGCGGUUGUGGAACCUUACAACUCCAUACUCACGACCCACACCACGUUAGAACAUUCCGAUUGCGCGUUCAUGCUGGACAACGAGGCGAUCUACGACAUUUGCAGGAGAAACUUGGAUAUCGUGCGUCCCACCUACGUCAAUUUGAACAGGCUAAUCGGGCAGGUUUUGUCGUCGAUAACGGCAUCUUUGCGCUUUCAGGGGGCGCUCAAUGUAGACCUUGCCGAAUUUCAGACCAAUUUAGUGCCGUAUCCACGAAUACACUUUCCUUUGGUGACAUACGCGCCAGUGAUCAAUACGAACAAAGCCUACCACGAACAAUUGAGCGUUAACGAAAUUACCAGCUCGUGCUUCGAGCCGAAAAAUCAAAUGGUCAAGUGCGAUCCAAGAUACGGAAAGUAUAUGGCGUGCUGCUUGCUUUACAGAGGCGACGUCGUCCCAAAAGACGUCAACGCCGCCAUAGGCAGUAUAAGAAAUAAAAGACACGUUAAUUUCGUCGACUGGUGUCCGACUGGUUUCAAAGUCGGUAUAAACUACCAGCCACCAACGACGAUACCGGGCGGGGAUUUGGCGAAAGUGAGUAGGGCCGUUUGCAUGUUAUCAAACACCACGGCAAUUUCCAAAGCGUGGAUGCGCCUCGAUGAGAAGUUUGAUUUGAUGUUUGCAAAGCGUGCGUUUGUUCACUGGUUUGUCAGCGAGGGGAUGGAAGAACAGGAGUUUAUUGAAGCCCGGGAAGAUUCCGCCGCAUUAGAGCAAGAUUAUAAUGAGGUUGGUUAUGAUACUGGGGUCUGCCAUUGUGGCCCAGAAUAUGAGUGUUAACGUCUUAUCGGUUUAUGUUAAUUCUUUGGUCGUCUUAAUAAAGUGUCUCGGCACCCUAA